AUGAAACUAUUCAUCGGUGACGAUAUGUUUGUACAAUACAAAGAUCACCAAGAUGACACUGAUUUAAAAAAGAUGUAUCUUUUGACACAUUUCUAUGAAGGUGGUGAUUUAGAACAUUUAUGUCAAUCAAUCUAUGGAUGGAACGGCUCUCAAAAACUAAAACCUCAUACAGAAGAUAAAUAUCUUCAAAAGCAACAACCUAGUCCAGAUUAUAAAUAUAUUACAGAAUCAGAAAUAUGGGUCUAUAUUCGACGAUUAUUCCUUAUACUUGAAAAACUAUCUCAACACAAUCUUGCACAUCUUGAUAUCAAACCACUCAAUCUAUUUAUUCGACAUGACGGUCAAAUAGUUCUUGGUGAUUUUGGAUCUUGUCACUAUUUCGUUGCUCAAGAAAAUAAUGAUACUUUCAAUAUGAGAACUACAACACAAGCCUCCCGUGGAACAAACGGAUAUUAUGCACCUGAAUCAAAACAAAAGAAAUAUUAUCGGUCAAGCGAUAUAUAUUCAGUGGGAUCUACUAUUUUACAUUUAAUUUCAUGUCACCCAGAAGAUAUUACUAAUAGAAAAGAAUUUAUCUUGAAUCACAAGAAAGAUGACUUUAAUGCAGAUCAUAUUAAAAUAUCAACAGUUAGAUAUUCCCAAUAUUUAAUUAAUUUUGUAAAGAAACUAUUAAUUGCAACACCUGAUGAUCGCUUUUCAUUGGAUGAUUUGAAUGGAGAAAUAGUCAACGAACAUACACAGAGAUUCACAUCGUUUUUAAUCAAUCAACAACAAAUUCUAACAAGCACAACAACAUUAAUAUUAGAUGGUGAAUUCAACAGUCCUCUCACUGGAUUACUUCCACCAACACUUUUAAAACUAAAGUUAUUGGGAAACUUUAAUCAACGAAUCCAAUUUGAAGAUAUUCCCUUUGAAGUCAAAGCAAUAAUAUUUGGACCAUCAUUUGAUUGUGAAAUUCAAGGCUAUUUAUUAAAUGAUUUAAUCCUGGCAGUUGGUGAAAAAUGUUAUGGAACUGGAAGAAUCACUCUUCUGGAAUAUGAUAUCAUGGAGUGGAAGAACAAUGAUAUUUCUAUAUCAAUCGAUAUAAAUCAUAUUGGAGUUAUAUCAGGUGUUAAAGUAUCAAUCUACCCACAUUUAUUUUGUCAAAUCGAUAAAUCAAAAUUUGAAGAGGCCAACCAACACUUUGGAGAAUACCAAAACGUCGAAUACCCUCUUGAUAAUAUGGCCAAGCUAUUUGAAUUUGAUGAAGACAAUCCCCAUCAAGUUAGUAAUAGUAAAAUAGAUGAUAUAUUUAGAUUAGUAGUAAUUAAAAACAGUUAUAUAUCAAGACUAAUAUUCGAAUCUAUCAGAUGGAUACACAGAGAUGUGAUCUGUACACGAGCAUACAAACUAUCAGAUGCAAAGGUGGAUAGCGAGUGGAUAUGUGCCUAUCGACACUACCAACUACUCAGUUACUUGGUAUCGAGUAUGGGCACACUUGAACAAGAGAUGCAGUUGAUGGGUGGUACAGGCACAUUCCUACAUCCUGUUGCGAUGACUUGGUUUUGUAAAGGAAACACUAACUAUCGUAUCUUUCGUCAAAUGUACGAUCGAUACGGUCGCAUACUAUUCAAUCGUAACAAAAAGGGAUAUAUCAUUGACCCAUGUUGCGUUGCUGGUAACAUGCAAAUCAUACAGUUUCUAGCAGACAAUAACUUUGGGACCACGAUCAACGCUAUCAUAAACGCUAGCGGUGCAGGACACUUGCACAUUGUAAGAUGGUUUACAGAGACUAGAAAGGAGAGAACAACUAGUGCCGCAAUGGAUGCAGCUGCUAAAGGCAACCAUGGUGAUGUUGCACGAUACCUCAACGAGAACCGAACAGAAGGAUGCACAGAAGCAUGUCUCGAUCUGUUUGCAGAACACGGUAACUUGGAGAUGGUAAAGUACCUGCAUCAACACAAUAAACCUUGUACUUCAAAGGCAAUGGACAAGGCAGCAUCGAAUGGAUUCAAAGAUGUUGUCGAAUUCCUUCAUUUGAACCGAACUGAGGGUUGCACAUCGACAGCAGUUGACAGUGCCGCCCAGAACGGCCAUCACCAACUACUCACCUUUUUAUUAGAGAAUAGAUCGGAGAAUGGUAGUCCUGCAACCCUCAGUUAUUUGGCAGAGACUGGAAACCUCAAACUAGUUCAACUGUUUCACCAAAGAGGAUGGAAUAUAUCUGCUAGAGCUCUCGAUGCAGCUAGUCAAGGUGGAUUUUUAGAAAUUGUUCAAUUCCUUCAUCAAAAUAAUUAUCCUUGUACUACUGAAGCUAUGGAUAAAGCAGCUGAAAAUUCACACUUUGAUGUAUUAUUAUUCCUUCAAGAACAUCGAACAGAAGGUUGUACUAAAUCAGCUAUGAAUAAUGCUGCGGCAAACGGUCACUUGGAAGUAGUAAAAUUCCUUCAUGAAUAUAGAACUGAAGGAUGCCAUAAAUAUGCAAUGAAUCAAGCCGCGAUUAACGGGUACUUAGAAGUAGUAAAGUUCCUACAUUUUAAUAGAACUGAAGGAUGUUCUCCUUAUACAAUGAAUAAUGGUAACUCAUAUAACGAAUCAAAAUUUGAUAAAGAAUUGGUUACCAUUGAUAGAAAAUUAUAA